AUGACUAACAAGAAAGCCCAGACGGAGCAGCGAGCCCGCGGAAGAGACGCUCAACGACGAUACCGGACCCGCAAGGACCAACACACUCUUCGCCUGCAGCAGAGAAACGAACAGCUGGAAAGCAUUGCCGCCAAGGCGAUCGAAGCGUUCAUCACCUUUGGCGACUCUAUAUCACCGUCGUCACUCGUUCAGUCAAGCGAUGUGGUGCAAACAGCGUAUAGAUCCGCGCUGCAGACGUUCCAGACGUUGAGUAAGGAUCUGGAGAGCGACGAAUCACAAACCGAUUCAAACACCGGGAGCAAUGAUAUGAAGGUCCCCCUAUCUGAAGACUCGUCGACUGGCGUCCAGCUCCGAAGCUUAUUAUUCUACAACUGGCUUUCAGUCCCACAGCUGCCCGACAUGUCGGCUCAGCCGGUACUGCCCAAUGUCCCUAUCACGUCAAUAAUGGAUUCCAACUCACCCGCGAAUCUGCCGCCGACCCACAACGGCUUCAUGCAAGACACGCCUCUGUGGGUCAAGAUGCUGUACACGGGACUGCUUACCAGCUACCGGGCCAAGACAGAGCAGCGGGGCCUCGAAUCCGCUGUUGGCAUGUGGGUGGUCGAAACCCAAGGCCUCGAUAUGCAGCAGACCCGCGUUGGCGAUCUUCCUCGUUUGGCUAGUCGCGCACUUGAGGGUCUAAUGUCGGCCUUUGCCCUCACGGAUAUGCAGUGUAGCUGUCGGCAGGUGUUCGAUGCCGCGCUCCAACCGUCGCUGAACCCGACAUUGAACCCCCCAAACGGCGCUGGAGCACGAAAAGUCAAUGUGGAGCCCGCGAUGGCCGACAGUGGCAUCUACCUCCGCGUCAGAUGCGUAGCUCACUACCUGCGCACCAAAGGUAAACUCGAGAUAGGCAACAACCAUCUUCGCCUUCACAUCAGGCCUGUCAGCUCAGUCCGGCAGAGUGGCCAAAGAGUGGCGGUCAUCGAGAUGGACCGCUUCAUCGACUCGCUCAUCACCUCGGCGUUCUGUCUCGGCGACAGUCCCGGCUUCGAGAGGCAAGCCGUCAAUAACGCCGUGGUCUCUGCGACGUCUCAGUUGCUUGAGGUUAGUAAAUAG